AACAGCGGGCGCUGGAAGCCCGUGCACAUUCCUCUCCGCCUCGUGUCUCACUCUCAAUCAACUCAAAGUGCCAGCAAAAAGCCCAUCGCGUGCCUCUUUUUUCGUCCAAGCUGUUGCUGUGCGUCCAUUCCCCGACCGACCACUCGAGCCAAACUUCUCUCGCCCACGAGGAAUUGCCUGCCUGCCAGCCUGUCUGUCCGUCUGCCUGCCUGCAGUCUUGCCUUGCAACCGUGCCGACGCGGCAUCGAGCAGUACUAGCAGCUAGCAGCAGCACAACACAUCACCACCGACAGCUCCGACCACCGAGCAGCAGCAGCAGCUCUCUCUAGGAGGUAGCCGUCGCAGCCAGCAGCCAGCAGCCCGCAGCCAGCAGCGGCAGCCAGCAGCAGCAGAAAGGCCAUCGCCUAAUCCUGGAAGGACCACCACCGCCCGGCGUCUCUUCUGCUGCAUCACAUCUGCAUAUCUGCUGGCGUGCAUCGCGACUGCAUCACACCCGUGCCUGCCUCCCGUCUCAGUACCUGCACCCGCAGUACUGCACACUGCACACUGCACACUGCACACUGCACUGCUGCUGCAAACGCAAGACACAACGAACAGCGACUGCCGCGCCUCUCUGUCUCCCACCACGCACGCUCUGGCCCGCAACCAGCUGUCGCUCCCGCCCGCCCGCCACCGCCUCCACCACCACCAGCAACACCUCUACCGCCAGCACCACCACCCCCACCAUCACCACCAACACCACCACCCACCACCCACCCACCCUCGUUAGGUAUCGCCGACGGGCACACAUCAAGGUUCGUGUGAGUAUCAGCGGACGACAGGCCAUUUGAGACGCCAACGACCUGUUACGACCAUAACGACUUUUAACGACCGCAUUUACGACUUUGCUUGGGUGUCUUGUCCAUUGCAGCACUGCUAUCGGCCUGGCCUCAUUGUAGCAUCACGACUUGGACUGUUUUGCCCAUCGACGACUAUCACGGAACCCGCAUAUACGAAAGACAAACAACCUUACGAUUGACGCGCGCGAUUCCUGCAAGAUUCGAAAUUCGACCUCAGCAUCUCAGCGUUCUUUCCGCAUCCGAGGUUCUUGUCUGCUCUGCCGAAACAGCGCCAUCGUCUUGUUAUUGUUGUAGUUCGACAAUCCGUCGAGCUUCAUACUCCCCCUUGCAACCGUCAAGCUGGAGCUGCCACCUGUAUCUCAGUUAUACCAGACCCGAGGAAACGACAGCCAGUGGCCUGCACCCGCGUUUGCACCACAGAGCACGCCUUUUUCCCACGACGUGCACCAGCAUCACCAGCAGCACGCGAGCGCGUCGUCUGUUGGCUCCUCACCUCGGGCUGGAUCAUCCAGUGGACACUCCAUCAGCAACCAGUCAUACGAUUCCAACACUUCCUACGCGCCUUCCGUCAGUAACAACAAGCACGGCGACUUCCAGACCCCAUCUCCACACUCGGCCGGUCCCCAACAUUCGCAAUCACUCUUACAACCGUUCGGCGCAACUGGUUAUUCCAGCAUGAACCAACCACAACCGUACAUGGAUGGCCACGGCCAGCAGGCGGCGCCUGCUCCCAACAUGCCACAAUACCCGAGCUAUGGUCAGCCUCAGCCGCUACAGCCGGCGACGUACUCAUAUCCGCCGCAGUCGUACUCGCAGCACUCGUACGGGAACACAAUGCCACCAAUGUCUGCACCCCACGCGCAUCCUGCGACAUCCUCCAUGGGCCAGCAGAUGAUUCCUCAGGCGUCACUUCCGCUGCCAACCAUGGCAUCCAAUGUGCAGCCGCCUCCGGGCACUAAUCAGCAGUACUCGCAGCAGACGUACGAUACUACGGGCCAGAUAGCUCCUCCAGGUAUGAAGCCGCGAGUGACGGCGACACUGUGGGAGGACGAAGGUAGCUUGUGCUUCCAAGUGGAGGCAAAUGGCGUUUGUGUCGCAAGACGCGAGGACAAUCACUUUAUCAACGGGACCAAGCUUCUCAAUGUCGCUGGCAUGACCCGCGGUCGCCGCGACGGUAUUCUUAAGAGCGAGAAGACGCGACAUGUGGUCAAGAUUGGACCGAUGCAUCUCAAGGGUGUCUGGAUACCUUUUGAUCGCGCGUUGGAUUUCGCGAACAAGGAGAAGAUUACAGAGCUUCUUUACCCCCUGUUUGUGCACAACAUUGGUGCACUUCUCUACCACCCUACGAACCAGGCCCGCCAGAGCAUCGGCAAUGCUGCGAUGGCCGCAGCGGCCCGCAGACCGGACUCUUCGCAGGAGUACAUGCGUACACCGCAAGGCUCUCAGGCCCCGGCAUUGACUCACCAUCACUCCAUGUCCACUCCGAUCAGCGGAGCGCCUCAGCCUCCCCAUGCCAUUGCCCCUCAUCCAGGAGCCGGCCGACCGGUAAUGGAGCGAGCUCACACGUUUUCCACACCACCUACCACGGGCUCCGGACUGGGAAUGAGCACUGGAUACGAAUAUGGCGGUCAACCUGGCGCUGUGCAAUCCGCAGCCACCUCUCCUGGUAAUUCGCAGAACAUCCAGUAUCAGACCAGUCAGCCGGCGUACAGCAGCCAGUAUUAUUCGGCGCCAUCGCAGUAUGGGCAGCAGUACGGGGGUAUGCCUCGCUACAACCCGAUCCAGCAGAGUCCAGGCGGGGUCAAGUCCGAAAUGGGGCCUCCUGCUCGUGCUGGUGCUGAGAACGACCAUGUCGAAUCCAAGCCUCAGCACAACGUCUACAACGGUCAGCAGGAUGUGGAAGGAGAACACGAGGGGCCUGCUCACCCAGAGCCUUCGAAUAUAUCUCCCGAGCAGACUCAUUCGCCACACCAGAACGGCGUGCACGGCUCUUCGACCCCUCGUACCACUGGUGCCUACACAGGAUACAACAACACCACUCCACGACCAGGGCAGCUACCUUCCAGCAACUUGAACUAUGUCAUGAGCAAUGAUGCCCGACCAGGCGCUCCAAACGGCGCUGAUGCAGGCUAUCCGUCUCAUUAUCAGCAAGCGCCACAGCAGUACCCUCCCAUGAAUGGUGCCAUCAACACCCACAACAAGCGUGGACGUGACGACGAUGAUGAGCCUCACUACACGAACGGCGAUUCUUCUGUCAAGAGGCAGCGCAACGAACCAGGGACACAGUCCCAGUCGGCCAAAGUGGGCGGCAGACGAUAGCUGGGUGCAGCAUGACCACAGAUCAACGGUCGUACGACGAUGGUCACCACGAAGACGGCAGCGCCAAGUGCAUCACCACGCGCCAGAUGACCGUCCUGUGUUAUCCACAGACAUUUUCCUUGACUUGUACUUUUUCCAAUCCUCACCUUACGAUUCACGACGACGAAUAACCCGGGACUCACGAUGAACGACACUUCGGACCGAUCACGGACGAAAACCCAACAUAAACCAGCGCGCAAGUUCUUUACUACUUUUCGGGAGGCCGACUCAAAAUACAAUGAUCGAACGUGCGCUUUCGAUUGCGCAGUGCACGGAUGUGCAUCAGCGUCGGAAGGCCCGGUAAUUGCUUUCUCUUGAUUUCUUAUCGUCCAGCAGUUGAAGCGAGUAUCCCUUCAUAGGAAGGCAAAAGGGAGAGUGCCAAGAGCCCCUAAUCAUCGUUCUGUUCGAGCUCAUGCUUUUUUAUUCAGCGAGGCGUGGCAAGGAAGUGGAGACUCGCGAGCUUUGUGAGGAAUCAAAGCUCCGGGGGAAGACACGGGCGCUUCUGCAGUAGAUGUGAAAGGAGACCAUCGGUUGCACGAAUCGGAGGAGGCCGCAUGCAUAUGAGAAGUAUGGGUGUGCACAUGACUUGAUGAGUGUGGAACAGCAUGAACGGAUCCAUACACUUGAUGACUCUGUCUAAUGCUUGAUGAAUUUUGUGAGGCUAGAGGAAUCCGGUAGCGCUGCUGAAAAAAAGUCCAUUUGUUCCCUAGACUGCUCUUCCCAGAAUGUUGACAUUAUUUGACGCG